GUGGUUUGGCUAUUCCGAGUUGCAAAUACACAAAACAAAAUCACUGAAAGAGUGAAAGUCCCAAUCUUUUCUUUUUUAAUGGUGGCCUCUUCUAUCUUUCUCCCUAUUUUCUCUAUCUUCUUCUUCUUCCAUUCUCCCUUCUUUUAACCGCUAAUUUACUUAUCCAAUUCACUCAUAUCUUCCAUGAAAACAUAAACCCUUAUCUUCUUCUCCAUUUUUAGAAAAAAAAGCUUCAAUCUUUAAGCUCUGUUUGUUUGGCUCCAAUGGAGGGAACUAUAUUCCCAAACAGACCAACAUUACCAAUUCAACAAGCAAAACCAAAACCAAUUUCACAACCAAACAUUUCCUUAAAAUUUAGUUCUGCAACAUUACCUCUUCCUCCUCAACCUCCAAACCCACCUUCUUCACUUGCUUUUGAUUCACUUCUUCAACAUCUUCUUCACCUUUCUUCCACUUCAAACACUACCCAUUUCCCUAAACUAAUCAAAUCAUCAUCAAAUUCCAAGAAUACCCUUUUACCAUCUCUCCCAAUUUCUUCACUAGACUCCUUUAAUCAGCCUGUUUUUAGUGGGUCCACCUCAAAUUCUGCCACCCAAUUGGCCAAUCAAGAAGAUAAGACUGUUGUUCUUCCUUCUUUGGAUGAUGGUUCACUUGAUUUUUUAUCUGAUAUGAGUAAGUUGUUGUUGAAUUCUAUAUUAGAAAGACCAUUAUCUAGUUUAAAUGCUUUUUUUGAUUCUGUGAAGUUUGAUUUGCUUGAUGCUGAUUUUGUCAGUUUAUUGAAAGGAUUGUAUGUUUUGGGGAAUUGGGAAAAAGCUGUUUUGUUGUUUGAAUGGGGUUCAUUGAAUGUUAGGUCUCAAGAUAAGAAAAUGGAUUAUCAGGCUGUUGAGUUAAUGGCUAGAAUUUUAGGUAGGGAAUCACAGCAUACAAUUGCUGCUAAAUUGUUUGAUGUGAUUCCUCUUGAAGAGUAUUGUUUAGAUGUUCGAGCUUAUACGUCGAUUCUUCAUGCCUAUGCUCGAAGUGGCAAGUAUGAUAGGGCGGUUUCGAUAUUUGAGAACAUGAAGGAGAAGGGUUUACUUCCAACUUUAGUUACUUAUAAUGUAAUGCUGGAUGUUUAUGGUAAGAUGGGUAGGUCUUGGGAUAAGAUUUUGUGUCUUUUAGAUGAGAUGAAAAGUAAAGGGCUUAAGUUUGAUGAGUUUACUUGUAGCACUGUGAUUGCUGCUUGUGGUAGGGAAGGUUUGUUGGAUGAGGCAAGGAAUUUUUUCACUCAGUUGAAAUUACAGGGUUAUGUGCCUGGAACUGUUACUUAUAACUCGUUGCUUCAAGUGUUUGGGAAAGCCGGGGUUUACUCUGAGGCUUUGAGCAUCUUGAAAGAAAUGGAGGACAAUGGUUGUCCUCCUGAUUCUGUAACUUAUAACGAGCUAGUUGGUACUUACGUGAGGGCAGGGUUUCUUGAAGAAGGCGCUGCUGUGAUAGAUACAAUGACGCUUAAGGGUAUGAUGCCAAAUGCAAUUACUUAUACUACUGUGAUCGAUGCAUAUGGGAAGGCUGGAAAGGUUGAUGAGGCUUUGGCAUUGUUUAACCAUAUGAAGGCUUCUGGUUGUGUUCCCAAUGUUUGUACAUAUAAUGCUAUCCUUGGGAUGCUAGGGAAGAAGUCAAGAUCAGAACAGAUGAUAGAGAUCUUGUGCGACAUGAAGGUAACUAGGUGCUCCCCUAAUCGGAUCACAUGGAAUACAAUGCUUGCAAUGUGUGGUAGUACUGGCAAGGAGAAGUAUGUGAACCAGGUUUUGCAAGAGAUGAAGCGUAGUGGUUUUGAGCCUGACCGAGACACAUUCAACACUUUGAUCAGUGCAUAUGGCAGGUGUGGUUCACGGGUUGAUGCCACAAAGAUGUUUGAGGAGAUGAUGGAAGCGGGAUUUAGCCCUUGUGUCACGACUUACAAUGCUUUUUUGAAUGUGUUGGCUAGAAAGGGAGAUUGGAAAGCAGGAGAAUUAAUCAUUCUUGACAUGAAGAGCAAGGGAUUUAAGCCUAAUGACACCUCUUACUCCUCAAUGAUUCAAUGUUAUGCAAAGGGAGGGAAUGUGAAGGGCAUACAAAGUAUUGAAAAGGAAAUAUAUCAAGGAGACAUCUUUCCGAGCUGGAUGCUUCUAAGAACCCUAAUCCUUGCAAACUUCAAAUGUAGGGCUCUUUCAGGAAUGGAGAGAGCAUUCAGAGAGUUGAGAAAAAGUGGGUAUAAACCUGAUUUGGUUGUAUACAACUCAAUGCUCUCAAUCUUUGCAAGGAACAAAAUGUUUGACCGUGCUCAUGGUAUCUUGGACUCGAUUCAAGAGAGUGGAUUAGAGCCAGAUCUAAUAACCUACAAUAGUUUGAUGGAUAUGCAUGCAAGAGCCGGGGAAUGUUGGAAGGCAGACGAGGUAUUAAGAAAGCUGCUGAAAAGCGGUGGAAGACCUGAUCUUGUGUCUUAUAACACUGUGAUCAAAGGGUUUUGCAGGCAAGGUCUGAUGGAGGAAGCAAUUAAGAUUAUGUCAGAGAUGAGUACACGAGGGAUACGCCCAUGCAUCGUUACAUACAACACAUUCGUCGCUGGUUAUGCAGGGCGAGGGAUGUUUUCAGAGGUUGAUGAAGUUAUAAGUUACAUGAUUCAGCAUGGUUGUUGUCCUAAUGAAUUGACUUACAAAAUUGUUGUAGAUUCUUACUGUAAAGUCCAAAAACACAGAGAAGCUUUCGAUUUUGUUUCCCGAAUUAAGGAGAAAGAUCAAUCUUUUGAUGAUCAAUCUUUGUAUCGGCUCUCAUCUCGCAUUAGGGAGGAUGUGCAGUUUUGAUAACUUCUUCAUGUAUUUUAUGUAUUAUAGGGAUUGUUGAAGGUCCUGUUUCCCAGUUUUGCCAUCUUUUCGUUUGAUUACUGUAAUUCAGAUAAGGCAGAUUUUUUACUGAUAUGUUCAUCAGAGGAUGAGAAAUUCUUACACUACAACAAUUGCUAGUUUUACCAAGGUGAAGCUUGAAUAUUAUGUGUAGUUUCUCUCUUUGAAUAUUUAUCUUAGUAAAUACUUAUGAUGUUUCGAUUCUUCA